AGGGUAUGGAUCAGAAGACUCAUGAUUCUUUGAAGCUCACACCAGGAUUGGAGGGGGUCAUCCUAGGCACCAUGGUCAUGGAUACGUUGGUGAUGGGAGCCUGCUUAGUGUUCUCGUGCAAGAUUUACACCGAUCUCCGGGCCAACCUGUAUACACAGCUCAUAGGAGGGGGUGGUGCUGAUGUCACCGCCACUUCCGCCCUUUUCCUGGAUGGUCAACAGGGAGCGACUCAACAGCAGCAACAACAACAGACGUUGGGGAUGCCACUACUACAGCAGCAACAGCAACAGCAGCAGUCGGAUAGGCAGCAGACAGGUCAACAACAACAACAGCAACACCCACUCCCGUUCAUGCCGUUCCAAGGCCAGGCUCAUAAACUGGAUUAGAAUAGAGGCCUGUUGAAGAGAAGUGACAAUUUUGUAACUUAUUUGAAUGGAAAGAGCAGCACUGCUGCUGCUGUUGAAUACUGCUCUAAUCUGGUUCAUACCACUCCAUUUCCGAAUCGUAGCAGAUCACCAGCAAUAGAAUAGACUGCAAUGGGUUGUACCAGUAUAUCUCCUUGUCGAUAGAUGCAGAUCUCGAGUGUUGGUCAGUCUGAGGCGGUGGUUUGAUCGCUGUUCUACUUCUGUAUGUUUCCUUUC